CGUCAACGUGAAAGUUAUUGCUCAGGUAAACACGCUCGUUCUCGCAGAUUUAUGCGGAUCUCCCCACGACUGCUAACUGCGUUACCUUUACCAACAGCUGCUAUUGGACCGUUCAUUUCCUGUGUUGCUGUUUUGUUACGACUUGCGGAUUAAAUUUCAUUUAAUAUCAGCCAUAAAUUUUUUCUCGCAAAAGCCUACAGUGGUUUGUGACGAAAGUCUUGCGAGCGGCCAUUUUGCUGGUGCUUGGAAUUAGCGAAAGAAUCGAGGAGCAGUUUGUGAAAGCACUGAAUUCAGCGAUGCUUCGAACUCAACCGUCUAUUCUCAUUGUCUUUGUAUUCGUUAUGCACUGUUUGUCCGCUGUAAUUGGUACAACUACAACGAUAAAUGCAAGUUCACCGACUACAGCGAGUACUGCGACAAGUGCAAAUGCAUCGACUACAGCGAGUUCUGUGACAAGUGCAAAUGCAUCGACUACAGCGAGUACUGGUAAGUUUUUGUCUUGUUGUUCUUCGACCUCUCUAAUAGCGACAAGUGCAAUCACAAAGUUUGCAGCAAGUACCGCAUUGUCGACAAAUGCAACCCCAACGACUGUGGCAAAUACUGUCGCUGUUACGUCAGCCAAGACGAAUGAUAUAAGAUCGAUUUCGCCAACUACAGUUGUACCAGAAUCUACCAAACUUGUUACAUCCUCGAGCAUAACAACAGCAGCGCCUAAAACGACUCCAACAAGUUCAACAAAAGGAACACAAAUCUGGGAUAAGGUCAUCCAUUUCAUCACACCCAAGGGUAUAUUUAUAAUUGUGGUGGCCACCGUAGCUUUGAUACUCAUAUUCUUCAUCGCUUGUAUCUGUUUCUGCUGUAAGUAUACGAAGCUGAAGAGGAAAACUAACUUCCCACAGCGCAUGGCGAUCAAUGAUUCCGAAUGGAUACGAAGCAAUGACGAUCUUCUCAUGUGGGAACGAAAUUUGCGCGCUUCGGAAGUGAAAACAACAAAUGGUAUUUCUAACAGGCCAUACAACGACAAGCGAGCGUGAAGCGGGCAUGGUAGUUGUGCUGAGGGAAUGGAAAAAAAACACAAGGAAAACCGAGCCUUCAGUGGAAGCCGAGGACAUCAACAAGCCUCCAAACUUUUUGUUCUGAUGUAGACGGGCAUCGAGGUCAAUGUGUAUUUGUUUAUUCGUAUCUUAAAGCUUUCUUUCACUGUUUCAUAAUUUCUCAACCAUUCUGGUAUCAUUUUGAAGAAUCGUCGAUAUUCAUUUACGGGUAGUAAUCCCCUUGUAUAGAGCUUCGUUCAAAAUAUUUUACGAUUCCAUAUUUAACAGUUAUUCACCGAAGUGGAGGUAAAUAUCCAGCACUUUCACUGACACUGGGGUGUAUAAUUGCUUUAGUAUAUACCACACAGAAACCUAACAAUAAGUGUAUUUCUGUCAAUAUAACGAAAAAUGGUCGGAAAUUAGACUCUUGACUUGCGAUUCGUUUGUAUCAUUGGCUGCACGGAAGUGAAUAGCACUCGCUAACCACUUCCGAAACAGCCAAUCAGCGCGCGCGAAAAGCACUAUUCACUCGUGUGGUAUAUACUAAUGAGUGAUAAAUUCUUUGAUUCUUAAGGUCUUUCCUGUUGUUUUUGAUUUAUUUUAUGUUAAGAAACCCGGUAUUUAUUGUUAUGAAAGCUUUCAGGUAAUUGUGAAAUUGUAUAUGCAUUGUUGCUCGGUGUUAUUUAGCAAUGUGCUUCUUAACGAGGUUUUAAAUUAGUUAUUGAUAUAAUGGUUGUUUUACUCUUUAUGUAGCUGGUUAUUGGCUGUCUGCAUAUAUGGUAUUUUAUUACGUAAUUUCUUUUAAGCAGACGUUAAGUUAACCACGUUUACUAUCGUCACUCAACUAAAUUUCUUCCGCUUAGCAGUGUAUAUAAUUAGAGGCGGUAUUUACAAGAGAAACACACACCAGCGCGAGUUUCGUACCGGGAUGACAAACGUGCGUACACGGUGACUUUUCUCCCGUCCCACGUCCUGCAUGACGACGUCGUCUUUUAUUUACAAAAACUAAUCUCUCACCACUACAUCCAGUCUAUCGGAGUUGAAUCAGGUGAUAGCUCUUCGUUGACUAGAUACCGUUGUGAGAUUUCAUGUACAACAACUGGGGUGAACUUUCGCUGGUAUAACUUUCUCUACAAUAACAUUUUCUGAUAGAAUUAGGUGAGCGAAGACAGUGCCACGAGAGGGAGCCGAGGGGAGCUGGCGUUGUUACUUAAAUCAAGGGCUAAGUAGGAGUCCUGGGGUCUAGUCGUUUCCUACCUUUUUUAUGACGUAAAUUUGGCAUUUUGUGAUAACUUUUUACAAGCAACCUCCACGCCCCUAGCCACCAGUACCAUACUUGCGCAGGACCUCUUGUAAGAAAAUCCUCUCCGAGCCUUUGAUUAUGUAGAAUUGUGUUUAUAGGGAGAAAAAAAGAUUUAUUCAGCAUAUUGUAGACUUAACUGAAAAAUUAGGAAUGCUGAAACUAUAGAUGACGCUUUUGAAGUUUCGUCGCAUUAUUUUUCGUUUUAGCCGGUGAUUGACUUCAGUUUCCUUCGAAAACAAACUGCCAAGUGUUUAAAAUAAUACUCGGAGAAAAUUUUUAAUCUUUCUUCCGAUCUAAUUAUGAGAGAAGUGAGCUCAAAAUAGAAAUGAUUUUAUAGAGAGUUUAUAUCAGAUUAUAUUGAUAAUUAUAAUAUGAGGAUAUUUUGCAAUUUUAGCAGAAUAGAGAUACAUAAUUGGCAAAUUAAUACAUAGUCAUUCACUUUUGCCUUGCGGUCACAGAAUUAGGGCAUUUCCAUAGAGAAGUUCUGGCUAAACAACUCUUGCUUGCGACGUAAAUGAUUCUCGAACACCCAAAGCGUAAAACCUACUUGAAACAUGCGCUUUCUCGUGUGCUUCUAAUACCAAAGUGAUUGUAGAAUAUUUUUUGUAUUAACGUGUACAAUCGAAAGUCUCUCGUGUUUCGUGAGAAUAUUCCACGAUGAAGCAACAAAACUGAUAACACCAACAGGAUGGUCUAACCGAUCAUUUCUGUGAAUUAGAAAGCGCCCUUGGAUUCUAAAGAGAAGUCAUGUUGCCUUGCAACUCUGUAGGUUGGCAGCCAGUAGCAGAAUUAGAGAUAUUUAAUUUGCAUCAUCACGGUAACAUUUUUCGUUGCCAGGGUAGCAGUUGUAUAUUGAUGGUAAUGGGAACCGUAUUGUGUAAAUAGCUAAUAGAGUUUUAGUGUUGCAUCGAUGUAUAAUAUUGGUCUUUUUAUGAUGUACUCUUGAGUGGUUUAGAAGGGUUAUUUAUUUCACACCCCUUCUCCCUCGUCGGUAUCAUUAUAACAUUGUCUUCGUUAUCACAGACACUUUACACUGGUAGGGAGCAUAUUCCGUGUGUACUCUAUUGACUUCAUAGAAGGCAAACAUUAGCGUUUAGUCUACUGAAUGUAAUACUAGUGGUAGAUCUUACGAUCAAACAAGUUGCUUAUUCGGAUUAUUACGCUAAGGGGGCAUUGCUUGAUGAAGAGUACUUGAAAAGGAAAAAAAAAGAAAAAACUGUCAGAUCUCAAGAAACGUUUAUAGAUAAAGAGCAUUUAGGCUCAGAACUACGCAUUCGUUUGGUCAAAACAGCUUUUUCUAUGAUUUUGUCGUAAAUUUCUCUGCAAAUAUUCCUUUGAGUGAACGUGAUUACCGAUUUUAGGUUAUGACCAAGGUUAGACUUGAUCCAGGUAAAGCUUUUUAAAUUUUUUAUAACGUGAAACGUGUACUUCGGUUCUUAACCUUUAACGUUUCAAAUUGAAUCUUAACUGAGUAGCUAUUGAAGUUUAAUUAAGAUUUCCCUUAUUGUGUUCGGUAAAGUAAGCUCAAGUAGCGAAUAAAAGCAAGCUGAUUUUUGUAGUUUACUUAUCCAAGAACGAGUUAUUGUCAUGAGGUGUAUUUACUACUUUACUUUUCCCCUGCUUGAUUUUGAAAAAGUGAAGAGAAGUAAAGUUGUCUUGUCUUUCUCGCUUGUAGUUACGUCAGAGGUAACUCCUAAAGUUUUCUAACAUUGUAUUUAGUUGCCUUUUAAGUCGUAAAAGGCUUUGUUUUAGUGGGUCAGUAUUUCGCAAUAAAACAUACUUUCUAGUACUCACGUGAA